CUAUUUUAUCAUCUAUGGUGCUGUAACAAAGAUGGAAGCCGCGAGUGUGGAAGCCGGUGAAAAAAAUCAUUUACAAAAUGCUUUAUCAGAAACAGAAAUCGCUAAUAUACCUAACGGAGUUGCCGAUAAAAUAAACAUUUACAUUGAUCAAAAAUUUGAAGAAUACCUAACAUCUAAGGCUCUACAUGAAACCAGUAAAUCACAAAUAGAUGAAAAAAAUGCAGCAACUGAAGCAACUAUCAUUGAAUUAACAGCAAAAUAUGAAGAUGCUUCCAAAAAAUUACAGAUAUCUGGGGAAACUAUCACAGAAUUGGAAAAGCAAGUUAUAUCUCUAAACACAGAAUUAGAAAAGGCUCGUGAGAAAAUAACACAAUUAGAAAAUGAAGCCAUUUCUCUUAAAAGCUCUAGAGAUGCUGCAGUUGAUGAGCGAAAUGACUUAACACGUAUAUUACAAAGGCGUGAUACCGAAAUUGAACGAUUGACUGCCAAUGAAAUAUCGUUGUCUCAACAACUUCGUGCAGCUAUUGAUUCAAAGUGUGAAGCUUUAGCUUUAAAUGAUGAAAUUCAAAGUAAAGAGCUUUCUCUUCAGUACCGUGAAAAGCGCUUGGAUCAAGAAAGGGUUUUGUUAAAUUCUCAAAUCACUGCAUUAUCUGAAGAAGUUAAUAGGCUUACAUCCGAAUUGCAAACUGUGAGAAUUAAUAAGACUAGUAGGCUAGUAAGCUUGGAAACACAACUUGCAGAAAAAAUUGAAGAAUUAAAAGCAGCUAAUGAAACAAUCGAGCAAUUGAAUGAAAUUAAAAAGAAUUUAAAUAACCGUGCUGAAAGCUUAACACAACGUUUAAUGGAACAAAGGGAAAUAGAAAAUAAAAUGGCAGAAAAUUAUAAAAAAGAAUUAGACGCUAAAACAAAAUUGUCUGAUUUAUUUAAAACUAUGCAUGAUGAUGCUGAAUCAAAAACCACAGAAUUGACUGAUGGUAUUUCCGAAUUACAGAAGUUACUCAAUGAUGCCACAGAGAAAUAUGGUGAUCUUGAAACGAAAUAUAAACAGGCUGAAUUAGAUAAUGAAGAGCUUAUGGAGAAAAAAAAUGAAAUUAUUUCUUCAUUGAAAAAUGAAUUAGAACAUGCUAAUGAUUUGUUAAAAGCUGCUACAGCACAAAAUCUUGAUAUGGCUCUCAGUGACCUGGCCCCAUCUGCAGCCACAGCUAGUAAACUUAUGAAAUCAGGCAUGUCUUUGACUCAAAUAUAUUCCCAAUUAGUAUCAGUCACAGAUGACUUAAGCCAGAAAAAGGAAGAAAAUAGACAACUUCAUAUAACUAUAAAUAAGAUAGUACAAGAAUUAGAAGAAAAAGCCCCCUUAUUGCAAAAACAGAGAGCUGAAUAUCUUGAAGCAAAAGAGAGCAAUGUAGCUUUAACGCAACAAAUAGAAUCUUUGGUUAUUGAAUGUAACAGAUUGAGAGAUGAUUACUGUGAAUCAUCUAAAAUUUCGAAUCACUACAGUCGAGAAAAUAGUCGAUUAAAAGGAGAACUGGCCGACUUAGGUAGGCAAGUUUGCUUCUUAUUAAAAGAAAUAGAACACACUCGAGGAGGUUUGCUUAACGGGGAUCAUGAUUCUUCACAUAAUACUAAUAUUACAAAUUCCUCUGACAUGAGUUCGUCUCGAAUUAUAUCGAAGACAUUAGUGACUUUUAGUGACAUCCAAGAGUUGCAGGCAAAUAAUCAAAAACUUUUACGGAUGAUUCGGGAGUUAACCGAUAAACAAGAGGACUUAGAACGCCAUAAAGAACAAUUUGAGAGUGGAGAAAUGGAAAAUAAAAUAGAAACUUUGAAGCAAAGAGUUACAGAACUAACUGAAGCCCAAGAUAGACAAACUAAAAUGGUAAAUGGUCUUAUAAGACAACGGGAUAUGUUUAAAAAACUUUAUCAUGAUCACAUGAAAGGCAAGCGUCACGAAAUGUCUGCAGUUUUAGACACUUCAGAUUUAGAAAAGGAUGAUUUACAUAUGAUGGUAGAUGUGCCAGAAAAAUCUCCAAAACCAGCUGUAGUGGAAGUUUCAAAUUUUGAAGUCAAAUUCAAGGAAACUGAGAAGCAACUCGAGCUCUUGAGAGAAGAAUAUAAAACUUAUAAAGAAGAAAAAGUUACUAAUGAGAGAAUGUUAUUUGAGCAGAUUGACAACAUGAGACAAGAAAUUGCGAAAUUAACAGCUGCAAAUAGUAAAUGUGCUUCAACAUCAGAAUAUAAUAAUGAAAGAUUAAAAAUAUUGCAAACCAACAUAGCAACAUACAAAAAACAAAUUUCAUCAUUGGAAGAAAAAAAUAAAGCCUACAAUGCCACUAUAGCUAAGCACGAAGUUUCUUUACAACAUUUGAGAGAUGAAGUUUUGAACGCACAAGGAAAGUUAGCAUCUGCAGAAAUACAGGUUGAAAACUUAAAGUUAGAAAAUAAAUUAUUAAAAGAUGCAGAAAUGCGCUUGCAGACUGAAAAGGAGAUAAUAAAUAGAGAGCGACAUGGACAAUCCUUGCUUUUGAAGAAUUUAGAAAUGAUAAAAACUAGCUUGGAACGCGUUGAGGCCGACAAUCACGCAAGAAUAGAAACGAGACUUGAUGAAGCUACGCGAGAAUGUGGAGCUUUACGAAGGAGAUUGCAAGAAGAGCAGGAUAGAUUUAGAGAACUAGCAGCUCAUCUAGAGCGCCAAACGGCUACGGCAAAAUCACGUAUGCAGGAAGAGAAAGAUGCAGCAGAUGCAAUGAGAAAAGAAAUUCAACAACUUAGAAAUGACUUACUUGAGAAAAACAAAUCGAAUGAAGAAAUUAACAAAAAACUAAAAGUUGCGCUCUCACCAAACACUGAUGGAUCGUUAGAUACCGUUAAGAGAAUUAAAGAACUCGAAAUUAAAUUGUCAGAUAGAGAUAGUGAACUAAAGUCUCUUUCAGAACAGCUAAACACUGCUAAAGAACACAUUAAACAAUAUUGUGACAUUGCUGAAAAUGCUGAGAAGGAAUUGAAAAAUCUGAACUCUGAAUAUGAAAAAUACAAAUUAGAAACUGAGGCUAAGCUUACUGAAAACGCAGAAAAGCUACAAAUUUUAGAAGAUAAGUGUUCCGAAUUAGAAGCAGAGCUCUCUCUUCAAGCUAAUGGUGAAUAUUCCACUGCAAACAUCAGUUUGAAAAAUGAAUUGGUAAUUGUCAAAGAAGAAUUAAAGAACGCAUUAACUAAUUACGAUAACUGUCGUUCUGAACUAGAUGACACACGUAGUGAAAUGACAAAAUUAUCAGAAACAGUUCAAAAGGCUGAAGAAAAAUAUACACAUGAAAUGAUUUUACAUUCUUCAGACAUCCAAACAUUAUCUAAUGUAAAAGAGGAGUUAUCAAGAGCACAAAACCAGCUUAAUGAACUUGUUGCUUUGAAAAACAAUACAGUAGAUAAAAUGGAAGCAGAAAAACUAUCAUUAAUUGAAAGAGAGAAGAUUCUUAUUAGUGAGAAUGAGCAGCUAAGUCAGCGCUUAAAAGAUCUUAAUGAUCAAAAUUCUCUGCUGCACGAACAAAUACAGGCAUUAGGUACACAGUUGUCUGUCUCUCAUGCGUCUAGGUCUUAUUCGGAGAGUAUGAGUGAAUCUGCUAAUGAUUCUAAUAUAAAUGUAUCUGUUAGUGAAGAAGAUGGAAAAUCUUCUGAGCAAUUGUUACAAGUUGUUAAACUUUUAAGAAAAGAAAAAGAUAUAACAGUAGCCAAGUUUGAAAUAUUACAAGCGGAGACAAUGAGAUUAAAAUCCCAAUUAGAAAUAACCGAAAAACAACUUGAUGGUUGUAAAUUAUCGUUGGCUUCGGAGAGAGAGAAAUCCGAAGUUAGUAUGGUAACAGUCAAUAAACAAUCUGAUAUUUUGAGAAAAGUAGAAACUCUUAAUGCGUUGACCGACAGUAAUAGAAUUUUGAGAGAAGAACGUGAUGCAUUAAGUAAUCGAGUGGAAGAAUUGACAUCGACCAUAAAAUCUUUGGAAGAACAAUUAAUACCUCUGCAGGAAAUGAUAGCUGAUUACACAUCUAAGAAUGAAACACUGCUCUCUGAAAACACUGCUUUGAAGGCUGAUUGUGCUAGGUGGAGAACACGAGUUAAUGCUCUAGUAGAACGUGCCAACAAAACUAGCCCUGAAGACUGGAAACGUCUGCAAAAUGAAAGAGAAACUCUGGCUAAAAUGCUAACAAAUGAGAAAGAAAACCUUAGAAAAGUUAGUGAGGAGUUAGGUGCUCUAAAAAUUGAAAAAUCAAAACUAGAAGAACAGUAUACACUACUUUCACGUCAACAGAAUAAUGUUGUAGAAGAAAACAAAAAAGUUAAUGAAGAACUACAAGUUCUGAAAGAUGACAUGUCACGGUUGACGGAAGAAUUAGCCAAACUUAAAGGGGAAUUCAACACAGCAGCUGAUACAAAUGCUAAGCUUUCUGAGGAAAUAAAUAAUAGAGAAGCUUCUCUUACCGAUAUAAGAAAUAAAGAAAAUCAAAUUCGUAAAAUUGCUAAAAAGUAUAAAGGCCAAUAUGAAGAACUUUUUAAAUUAGUAGAAGAGGAAAAACAAAAGAAAGAAGGUGAAGCAGCCGCUGCAGGUGCUGCAGUAGCAGAAAUAACAAAAAAAGUUGAAGAGCAGUUGACGGAAGUUCAAAAACAGUUAGACGCCGAAAAAGCUAAUAGCGACAAGUUAAAGCAAGAGAUCGAGACAUUGAAGACUGCAAACAUGGAUAAAGAGGAAAAAGCCAAACUAGUUUUAAAACACGCGAAGACCAAGAUAGUUCAGUUAACUGAGUUAAAAAAUACUCUUAGUCGUGAGUUGGAUGAAUCCCGAAAUAAAAUAGGUACCAUCGAACAAAGCACACGUGACGAACAAGAUGCUCGAUUGGAACUUAUAAAAUCACAGUACGAGGGUCGUAUCUCUCGUCUAGAGAAAGAGCGUGGGGAAGCUCAAGCUGAAAAAAUCAAGGAAGUUGAGUCACUAAUGCAAAAAAUAAACAUGUUACAAAGACAAUUGGCUAAUCAAACAUCAUCGUCCAAACAGCAGACGACAACGGAAAAAACUACAACUGACCCUCCAACAGCAAAUAUAAAACCUAUGGCUGGUGUAGCACAGCAAAGUGUAUCAGCAAGUCGACGCGGUGGCGAGACUCCGCUGGCGUCUAUCCGGCCGAUGGCGCAAGUGGGCCCCACAGCACCGCAUGACGCGCACAGCACGGAAUACAUGCCGGCCUCUUCGUCACGUCCUCUGCCCCGUGCCUCUCUCUCUUCCGCUGCCUCGACCGCCUCCGCUGCCUCCGCGGCCGCCGUCUCUGCUGCCUCGGUGGCGCCGCCAGAAUCCACGCAGGACUUGGACACCAGUGAAGCCGGCAUGGGCAGCUCAGGUUCCAGUGACAACACUGCACAGUCUUCAUCACAUUCCCAAGCACCGCAACAGGCGGUGGCUCUGGUGAUGCCGCGUAUAGAGCAGCCGAGCGGAGCCAGCUCCGGUGCCGUGGUGACGCCGGCCGUGAGCUCCGCGCCACCUGUCGCCAGCGUAACCAGCGCCGCGCCGCAACCCGCAUCCGCAUCCGCUACACCUGGCGCAAUAAGUGGGGGCCCGACCUCAGCCUCUGCGACCGGCCAGGCUUCAGGCGUGAGCACUUCGCACGCCGCGCCUCUCGUCAGCACAUCGCAUACGGCACUCGGAGUCAGCACUUCGCAUACAGCUCCUGGUGUCACAACGUCCCACACCGCACCCGGAGUAAGCACGUCCCAAACCGCACCGGGUGUCAGCACAUCUCACGCCGCACCGGGUGUCAGCACGUCUCACACGGCGCCCGGUGUCAGCACGUCCCAGACGCCACUGGGCGUCAGCACCUCCCACGCGCCGCCUGACGCCCGCCCUCAGAAACGUCGGUUGCAACAGCGACCUCUGACUGCUAAGCGUACUAGAGUUCAGGGCUUCGAACGUUCAGUGGAGGUAGAGUACCAAGUACCAACAUCAUCGCGUUGUGAUCAAGACGACGAGGGCGUUAUCGUAGUUGAUUCCGAGGAAGACGACGAGCGAUGCACUGGAACAAUGUACAGGGAGGGUGAAGAAGAUGAAGACAUGGAAGAAGAACAGGAAGUUGAAGGAGGGGAAGAAGAAGAGGAAGUAGAAGGCGAUGAUGCUGAACACGCAGCUCGGCAGGAAUCUCCGGCGCAGUCUCCGGUCGCGGGCGGUGUGGAAGGCGAGGACAGUGCGCGAGGCGACAGCAGAGCGAGCGCUGUGCGUGAACCGGACAGCGAGCCUGCGCCCGCCAUCCAACAGAUUGAGGCCAUCAGCAGCGGCACCGAGCCGAGCGGAACCCUUUCCCUCGGAGGUGGCGGUGCUGAUGACGGCGACGAUAGCAUAGUUCCUUCAACUCCUACUCUUUAUGUUCCUAGGCGAAAUGACGGGUUCGGCGAAGCGGUAGUGUCGCCGGUAGGCGGGCCGGGCGCGGGUGCCGCUAGUGUGGAAGGAACGGGUGCGCGGUUUACCUUCGCGGAGGCGGGUGGUGCCGCCAGCCACCACGACACGCAUGCCGACCUCGCCGCUGCAUUACCACCACCGCAUGCCCGAGCAGAAGGCGCAGAGUCGCGCGAGUGGGAGGAGUCUCGAGGCGAAGAGGAAGCCGCUGCAGUCAGCUCGCAGGGUAGUGAACCCUCAUCGCCGCACCAGGUCGCAGAAGAGGGUCGCGAAGCGGAAGCAAGUGCUGCACCGCGCCGGCCCGCGCCGUCUCAGCACCCGACGCACCAACGUUGGAUGCGCGCCGCUGAUAGUGAAAGCGGGCCACGCGGCCGAGGCAUGCGCGGCCGAGGACGUCCUCCGCGGCGCUCGCACAACUAUACAAGAUUCUAAGCCAUAUUGUAAUUAAUUUCAUAAGGCAAACUCUAUAGACUGUUCGCUUUAGCGUUGUGAACUUGGUGUUAAUGGUAUUCCAACUUCUCAAUUUAUUUCUACUUUCUUAUAUUAUAGAUAAGGAAUAAGUGAUUUGGUUUUAUAUUGUGCUUAAAGAACGAUUACUUUAAGCUUGAGAUACACUUUUAGACGUGUUAUGUGUAAUUCGUUCAAAAUGUAUACAACCAGGAAUGUUAUAAUGUGUUGUAUAAUAUAUCUUACUAUAAUAAAUAAUUGACGUUUCAGUAUUCAGCCGGUAGCAUGAAAGCUUUUUUAAGAUGAUGCUAGUGAAACAAGUCACGUCACACGUAACUACAGCGUUUGUAGCGAGACCAACCGCGUUGCCACGUUUUUAAAAAUGUUCAGUCAUCUUAAUAAUAAUAAUAAUUACGUUUAGUUAAGAUGAAAAUCCAUAGCUACAACAAUAACAAUUAUCUUAUUUACUAUAUUAUAAACUAAAAUUGGCCAAACUUAUAAGUAAUAAAUAAUUAGGAAUCUCCUAACUAAGGUAAGUACCCUCUUGAGCACUUGGUGUGUAAGUGCUCCGUAUCUUAGGUUUCAUGGAAACUUACGUAAGAGCCACGUUAGCGUUAAUCUGAAAUUUUUUUAUCAAACGUCAUUUCAUCUUCAUAAAAACUUCACAGACUAACUUAAAUCCGAACUAGAGUUUGUUAACUUGAUAAGUUACACUGUAUUUCUAAAAGCGCGUUACCACGUGUGUUUUGGCGUUGAGGCACGCUGUGAGAUGGUUUUGACAAAAGAGGCGUUUUCUUUCAUUUACCUGAACAGUGUUAAAAGUAUGUAAGUAAAAGGACACUCUACACGCGAUGCGAACACUCGCCACAAACGCCUCACCUUUUAUUCAAUCUAUGCGUGCGAUAAUCGUCAAAAAUACGUAUUAUUUUUUACUGCCUUGACAAACACUUAAUUUUUUAAUGUUUGGCUAUAAAAAUGUGUAUCUCUAGUUUAAAUGAAUUGCUAUCCUAAAUAAAUGUCUUUAUACUAUAGGGAUUAGCCCACAUUAACUGUAUCCCAAUGUAUUAUGCGUCAUAAAAAAGUUUUUCAUUGAAUAGAAGAAAGUUUUCGGAUAAUUAACUAUAAAUGACAUGACAUUUUUCGUUUUCUGAAUUAUUGUAAGUACAUAUUAUAAAUCUUGAAAGAAACUUUAAUUUUUAAAUAAGUAAUUUGUAGUAAUAAGAUGAACAUUUCCAUACAUUUAAAUUUUGUUAUAAUGUCGUUUAUGUAGAAUAAUAAAAGUAAUUACAAUCUC